GGUAUGUUUUUAUUUUAUUUUAUUUUAUUUUAACUUGUCCUUCAUUUAAGUGACAUAAUUCCUAUUCACUAAGGAAUUUUUGUAAUCUCAAUUAGAGAAAUAUAAAUAUAUCCUUAAUGAAAGGGAGGCAGAAGCUUAGGAAGCAUAUAUAAACAUUCUUGGGAGGCACAUAAAUUUCCUUGGACUAAACAAAUUUAUUAGAUACAAGAGUUUUUCUAAAACCGUCGCUAAAAAACUGCCGCUAUCUGUCGAAUUUGGUACAGUGAGAAGUUGAAAUUGGAGAUGGAGGAAAGAAAUAUUGAGAUGGAGAAUAAGAUUGAAGAUGAGAUGAUGCCAGGUUUCAGAUUUCACCCAACAGAUGAAGAGAUUGUUGAUUUUUAUCUAAAAAGAAAAAUUCAGCAAAAAUCUCUUCCUAUUGAAUUGAUCAAGCAAGUUGAUAUCUAUAAGUAUGAGCCAUGGGACCUUCCAAGGGUGGCAAGUAAUGGAGAGAAAGAAUGGUAUUUCUACUGUCCAAGAGACAGGAAAUACAGAAACAGUGCAAGGCCCAACAGAGUGACAAGAUGUGGGUUUUGGAAGGCCACUGGAACUGACAGGCCCAUUUACUCAUCUGAGGCCCAAUCCAUUAUUGGUUUGAAGAAGUCACUUGUUUUCUACAGAGGCAGAGCUGCUAAGGGUUUCAAAACUGAUUGGAUGAUGCAUGAGUUUAGGCUCCCUUCUCUUUCUACUGAUUCAACCAAGAAAUGCUCUGACAAAACUACCCCUGCUUCUGAUUCAUGGGCAAUAUGUAGGAUAUUCAAGAAAACAAACACAAUGUCCAUGGCACAAAAAGCCUCAUUAUCUCAUCAUCCUUAUAAUUGGAAUCAUCAUAAUCAAUUAUUUGAUGAUAUACUCACACAUCAACAACACCAACACCAACACCAACACCCUAUUAUUCCAAACUCCAACAACAACUUCAUCUUCUACAAUUCCAAUUCUACCCUUGAACCCACAAAAGAAAUUGAUGCUACUACUACUAGUAGCUCCAUUGUUAUUUCUUCCAACAUAGGCCUUCAUGAAGAUCCAAAUCAUCAUCAUUACAAUAAUAAUAGUAGUGGGUUCUCAUAUGAUGAUGAUUCAGGUGUAAUUACAACAAUUGCUGGGUUCCCAUUCAAUUUGCCUCCAAAUGAUGAUGAUGCUGCUUGGAAUAAUAAUAAUAAGCCUAAUACUACUCUGCCAUGGGAUUACUCAUCAGACAUGUCCACUACCUAUUCCACUAAUAAAUCUUACACUUAAAAAAAAAAUUAUAUACCAUAGUUAAUUAAAACAAAAAUUUGGAUUAGUACAUUUACCAUUAAAAUCAGUACCAUUGUUAGGCUCUGAUUUUACUAGUAAAUGUACAUGCAUGUGUUAUAUAUGUGUAUAUGUAGUUGCUUUUUGUUCGUAUAAUUAAUUGGUUGCUUAUUAAUUAUAUAUGUAUCUCAGAUACUUGAUUUGUGUACACAUAGUUUGCUUGUAUAUAUAGUUUUUUCGUAAUUUUCUCACAU